ACAAACAAAUGUUUCGACUGAAUGAUAAGAUUUUUUUGUUAUGAUAUCGCAUAUUUUCGUCCCUGCCAACUUAUAACAUCGCGAUGACUACAAUCGACCUGGUGCUAAAAGAAGAACCGUUUCUGAACGUAUCGAAGUCAGUGCGCCGAAAGUGAAAGGCGAACGGCCACAUAUCAGGUCCGAGACCGCUUCAGUCGUUGGUCCUUCCACCUCGCCUACUUUACAAUACUUCAGUGAAUAGUGAAUCAUCACCUAGAGUGUUAAUAUCGGCACACUGAGCAAUGUCGCCGAGUCAUAUUUUUGUGUUGGUUCUUGCAGUUGCCAAUAUUCUUCUUUGCAGAGCGGUUACAGGUCCCACACAUGGAAAGAUAGUGGUUUGCUACUUAGGAAGUUGGGCAGUGUAUAGGCCAAACAGAGGCUCUUUUGCCGUAGAACAUUUAGACCCAUCGCUAUGUACCCACAUCAUAUACUCCUUUGCUGGACUCAAUGUCACGGAGGAUUCAAUGAGGGCUCUAGAUCCCUGGCAAGAUUUGACCGAAAACUACGGUAAAGGCGGAUAUCAAAGGAUAACUGCUUUGAAAAGAGACUACCCCCACCUCAAAGUAUCUCUGGCUAUAGGAGGCUGGAAUGAGGGAUCUACAAAUUAUUCCAACCUAGCAGCGAAUCCUCAACGGAGAAGCAGAUUUGUAGCCAAUUCUUUAGAUUUCAUAAGAAAAUACAACUUUGAUGGGUUAGAUUUGGACUGGGAAUUUCCCGGAAAGAGAGGAGGGGCCAAAGAAGACAAAGGAAACUUUUUAUUGCUAGUAAAGGAGUUGAAAGCGGCCUUCAGAAAAGAUAAGCUCCUCCUGACCGCAGCUUUUGGCGCUGGUAAGGACACAAUUGAUUUAGGUUACGAUGUCGAAGGACUUUCUGUAUAUUUGGACUUCAUUCAUAUGAUGUGUUACGAUUAUCACGGAGCUUGGGAUCGAAAAACUGGAGCUAAUGCCCCUCUGAAGAGUACAGAUGUUCUUAGUGUGGAAUACACCAUAAACUAUAUGCUACAACUUGGUGCUGUUCCUAGCAAACUCGUAUUGGGAAUACCCUUGUAUGGCCGAACUUUCAUCAUGGAAAAUCCCCCGUUAGCUUCGUCCAAGAGGAAACCCAGAUUGGGUGAUCUGUCUGAAAAUACUGGUUUUCAAGGUAUCUACACCAGAGAAAAUGGUUUUAUGGGUUAUAAUGAAAUUUGCAUGGAACUGAAAAACACCACGUCAGACUGGAAAACGUACUGGGACAGCGAAUCCCGCACCCCGUUCGCAGUCUCGGGCAAACGCGUCAUCUCCUACGACAACGAACAGUCCAUCGCCGAGAAGAUCCAGUUCGCCAUGGAAAAGGGCCUAGCCGGCGCGAUGGUGUGGUCCAUCGACACCGACGACUUCAACGGAGAUUGCUCAGAGGGAGACGACGAGAACUUCGUUAACUUCCCUUUGAUGAAGUGCAUUAACAAAUCCAUCGCGCAGGCGCUCAAGGAUAUCGAGAACCGCGUGGUGCACGGAAAGGACGAACAAGGUGCCGGGGGUUCCGGCGUUGUUGGCGCUAGUCAGGCGCUGUUGGCGAUUGUUUUGAUUUAUUUGCGUUGGCUAGCUUAGGGUGCGGUCGCACGAGUUGAAGUAGAUUUAGCGGUGAAUUUAGUGUACGACUUUGAAAUUACUGGUACGAAAUUUGUUUUUUGUUAUUGGGUCUGUGAUAUUGUGAUUUAUAUUCGAGAAUUAGUAGAGUAGGUUUUUUAAUAGAGAUUGUGUAAUUGGUAAUAAAAAUUAAAAACCUUUUUGGAAGUCUU